AUUUUGUUCACUUGGAAAAGUUUAAAUAAGCCAUGCGUGGAUGUUGUUCCUUAGAGCCCAUAUCAUUUUGGAGAGUAAUGGUAACAGAUACACACACUACUGUGGAUUAUCCUAACCAACCAAGCCCACGACAGGUCUUUUCAACAAUCUCUCCACACCCCUUCAUCAAGUAAAGGAGGGCGCCACUCUUCCGGAAAGAUGUUCUUUGUCGCUGGCUCCAAACGCAGCGGAGGAGCAGCCAGAGGAAAUGAAAAGUCCAUGUACCAGAAGUUCCGCGAUGUGGAUAUAUUGGACAAGAAGAAAACAGUGACGGCUCUGAAACCCGGAGAAGAUCGAGCCAUCCUGCUGGGUCUUGGGAUGAUAAUCUCCUCGGUGAUGAUGUACUUCGUCCUGGGUGUCACCAUCCUGCGCUCCUACGCAGACAGUGUGUGGACAGAGGAGGGAGUGUGUGUGGUUCUCAACUCCACCAUCGCCGCUGACGUCAACUGCUCCUACCACUGCGGACCGGACUGCUGGCGGGUCUCGCGGUACCCCUGUCUGCAGAUCUACGUGAGCAUCAACAACACAGGCCGCGUGAGCCGGCUGUCCCACAACGAGGAGACCCAUGACGCCAGCUCUGAAUGCUUCUUUGUCCCCAAGUGCCAGAAGGAGAUGGGGGUCAUGCAGGCCAUGGUGGUGAACAUCUCGGAGCGUCUGAAGGCCAACCAGCAAAUCUCCUGUUACUACAACCCCAGCGAGAGGCAGCACGACACUGUGCUCCUCUCUCGGCUGUACGGCAACACCGCCGUCUUCCACUCGCUCUUCUGGCCCUCGUGUAUGCUCACUGGCGGCACCCUCAUUAUCAUCAUGGUGAAGCUCAACCAGUACCUCUCCAUGCUCUGUGAGGAGCUUGGCAAGGUCCACAAGUGAGAGGAAGGUGGAGGAAAGCUAGGUAGGCUGCUGAAGUAAGAAGUGAGAAGAGAAAAUAAUCUGGGCCAUCAGGAAAAGAAGAAGCAGGGUUGGGGUUAGUUCAAACAUAUCUGACCUCUUGUAGCAUUGCUCUCCCGCUGUGUAACAGAUUCAUUAAUCCUCACCUCAUGAGAGUUUAAAGAUUAUAAGGUUAAAAUUGGGUGUUUAUUAUUUAUGGUUAUUUAAGUGCCACAGGGCAACACAUAUUGCCAUGGCACGUGCCUUUUAAAAAGAUGGGAGGAAGUCAUCUUGAAUUAAAGUAUAGUUGUUCUGCAUGUAUUUAAUAUGCAAUGCAUACAAGAAACAGCAUCUGAAGGUAUAGCUUAUCCAAGCCUAUCCAAAAAUAUGUUUUGAUAAGAAUUGUGUUUUUAUAUAUAUAUAUGUAUAUAUACUAGAGCUAUUGC